GAUUCAGGAUCUCCUUCUACCUGCCUACGAGAGAUUGUACAGCAAUUCUGGGACACCCUGUAUAUGUGUGAUGUAUAAAUGAUGAUAUAAAGGCGAUACACAGCUGUGAGUGCUCAGUAGAAGUGGAGGACAUUUGCUAGAACGUAUCAGCGAACGUGUGAUAAGAUUUUUCCACAUCAUCAACUUUACAUCCAUUUUAGAUAAUUCAUAGAGGAAAUUGAUAAUUAAAAAGAAAAUUGUGAGCUUUUCACAUUUUCAUGCAGAUAAUUUGGCUAGAGUAAUAUCUGUUGCUUGAUCACUAGAGAAUUUAUAUAACUCGUUGCAAUGGAGACAAUUAAAAAAUAUUUGAAUGACGAUACGGUAUAUAAUAAAAUGAAUAUGUUUAUAAGUCUAAGAUCUUCUUCACACGAGGCAACCAUCAAUGAGCAGUUGCAAUUGAUUUUACAACAAUUGAUACCAGCUAUGAAAAGCCAAAGCCCGUUGUUUAAACAAACUUAUCAACGAACCGCUUAUACGGGUAGCUAUUUCAAAAAAACUCGCGUUGGAGCACCAGAAGAAUUUGACCUAAACUUAAUUAUCAAGUUACCUUUAAAAGACAAAGAUUUUGAGAAGUUUACGACAGAUCGUCCUGGUUUUACUGUAGUACGCAUAAGGCAGGGUACAGAUAUACUGAAGGCUUUAAAGUCUGAUGACAAAGCAUACAGAGAAAUGAAAAGUUUUAUUGAUCAAGACUUAUAUUUGAACCAAGACAAAUUCCGGAGUUGGAUGGAAGGCGUUUUAGGUAAAGUAGCUGAUCAGACGAAUAAUCGAAUUGUUUUGGAAGAACUUCCAUACCCAGUACUUAUAAAACGGAAAUCGGGGCCGGCUUUCACCUUAUCAUUUAAACUUAAUGAUUUUGAAAAUUAUAUUGAUAUAGAUCUAGUUCCCGCACUAGCAUUUUCAAUGUGUAAUCCACCACCAGAAUUUAAGUUUAGAAAUUAUACCUCAAUUAGAUAUUGGUAUGCGAUUCCUAAACCUUUAUACAAUUCGUCAUGGUUUUCGCCACAUCAUCAUUGGCGAUUGAGUUUUUAUGAGCUCGAAAAAGAUCUCCUUGAUGAAUAUAGCACUGCAAAUCGUAUGAAGUCUAUAAUACGCCACUUGAAGAAAUUCAGGGAUACGCAGAACUUGAGCAAUAUUGCAAGUUAUUACAUUGAAAUUUUAUGCUUACAUGAACAAGACUUUUUUAGAAAUUCUAGAGAAUCGUAUACUUAUUUAUUUUUUACGAUGUUACAAAAACUUUGCCACGCUUUUGAAAAUGGAAAAAUAAACUUUUAUUGGGUAGAUGCAGUAAAUUUACUCGAGGGAAUGAACGGUCAUGAAAUAAGGAAUAUAUAUGGCAAAUUAAACAAUAUUCUUAAAAAAAUCGAGAGAAAUAUAAAAACAGAUAAGUUUGCGAUAGCGGAAUAUGUAUUGCCUGCAGACGAAUUGUCUAUGUUACGCAGCCAUUUAUCAUCAAACAAUAUAAAUUAUCAAGAAAUGGUAAACGAAUUUGCGAACGAACAAAUUGACGAACAAAACGGAAAUCAAGGGACAUGCGUAAUUAUCUGACCACUCGAGAAAGAAAUCGGCGAUUUUGGUCACGCAACGCAACAUGGCGAUACAGUCGGCCUCGGCGGAGUGGUGACCCUCCAAGCUUGAG